GAUAAGGACAAUUUAUUUUUUAAUUUUUUUACAGUAGAUAAGGACUACUAAUUUUUUAUUGCUAAAAAAUUUCGAACCUUUGGGGAAAAAAACAAUCGAUAAUCAGAAAAAAUGGGAGGCGGAGCAGCGAUGAGAGCGGGCGGCAAGUUGGCCGGCGUGGUGAACGCCAGCUUUCGAGGAGGAAUUCCGGCAGUUGCCGUGCCAGAACAUCUCUCUUCCAAGGGUCGGACAAUCGCAGGCGUCUUGUCAUCCUCUGACGCGCAAAUCGAUGGUUCGACGGUGAAUAAAGUUUGUUCGGAGUGUGAUGAUGAUUGGGAAUUCCCCCAAGUCGAGGAAGCCAUGCCCAGGCUUGUCUUCGGUGGACCCCCUUCGCUUCAAGAAGCUAAAGAUGCCACCUCUCAACUUCGUACUGCCCUUGAUGAGGCUUACCUAUCAAAUAAAUCUAGCUGCGGUCCAUAUGUAUCAUAUCCUGAGCACCCCUUGGAGACUAAAGUUUGUGUUGCUACUGAUUCUGAUACUAAUGCCUCUGCUCGAAGUCAUGCUAUUCAGGCAUUUCGGUUGCUAAAUGAAAGUACUGCCGCUCAGACUGUUGUAGCUUCAAUUGCUAGUGAUCAGAAUGUCUGGAGUGCAGUAUUGCAAAAUGAUGCACUUGUGGAAUUUCUGCGCUCCCAAAAAACUGGUAUGAAUGGAUACUCGAAAAAAUCGAGUGCUGCUGCUGAACACUCAGGCUACGAUUCUGAUUCUGCCAAGAAGUUCGACUAUGAGACUUCUGACGAGGAAACCAGACCUAAGAAUGAUCAUAGAAAUUUCUUGGAGGACAUUAGAGUAAGACUAGAAGACAUGAUGAACAGCUUAUCUGGUUUCUUUCAGAAUCUUUUUGCUGGCUCGGGAACAGUUGAUGGAAGUGCUAAAGCAACCUCUGUGGACAAGGCUAUGGGUGCUUCAAUUAUGGGACUAGCCAUCAUGGUUAUUCUCAUAGUUGUCCUUAGGCGUGGCUCAACAGCUUAAAAAAUUUGUCGAAGCUUCUAGACUUGAGAUUUUUAGUUUUUGGAUGCUGUAUUCUUAGUAGUUUCCUUCAUACACUGUAUCAUCACAAUGUGUGCAAGACUGAAAAGAAUUAUCACCAGUUGUGGAAGAGUGGCAAGCCGCCUUAGUUGC